ACAAGGAUUGCUGCUUGCUUGCUUGCGUGAAUGCGGAGCUAGGCGAACGCGGGACCUUGCUGUCGCGCUAAAAGUACGCGCUGAAUCUUUGGAGCUCCGCGUUGCUAGAUUUCCACAAUCACGACCAACAACAGGAUCAGGACGCAUGCUACGUGUGAGGGAACUGGCGAUUGCGCGACCAUGUUGCUGCCAGAGGAAGACUCGGAAGUGUUCAAACGCUGGGUGCUUCCCAAGCUAGAGACAAUCUCCGACGCCGAUGGGGAGGUUCUUGCCGACUACGUGGUCGCGCUUGUCACAACGAAAGAAACAGAUGCUAACAUCAGGCGCAACUGUCUAGAAAGUCUCUCGGACUUCUUGCAGGAUCACACUGCGAGCUUCGUCGAUGAAGUCAUUCGAACUCUAAAGAGCAAGAGCUAUGCUAGCGCGAAUACAAACGUAAGGAUCGAAGCGCCAGCGCAAAUUCCUUCUAUAGUCGGCACGUCGACCGCCGAGUACCUUCCACACCCCGCAAACGCAUCCAACACUGCUCCUCUGCAUGCGCCGAGAGGUCCCGCAGCGAGUCGAGCGUCGAACGGCCACCGCUUGCUGGACCGCCCUACUGGAGUAGCACCAGGCGCAAACGUACAGCAAGACGGCCAAAGGUCUCGGAAGCGCAAGCAGGACGAGCGAGAUACAAGCCAAUCGAGGGAAGGCCUCGACCGUCGUGCUGGCAAUGACCGACCUCUCAAGCAGGCUGCGCGCAGAGGGAAGAAUGGCCGCGCUGGAGGGCUGAACGCCCAAGCAGCUGCGUUUGCGCCCAUGCCGAACAUGCCGCCGUUCAAUCCGUCGUUUGGCGAGAUCCCUCCGUUCGACCCUGGCAACCCCAUGGCCUUCCUGGCCAUGGCUGCAGCUUUUGGGAUUAACCUGCCGGGCAUGCCACCGAUGCCAGCCUUCAACGCGGAGACCAGCAAUAUCAGGUGCGCAGACUACGACACAAAGGGCUUCUGUGCGGCUGGGAGUACCUGCCCAUAUCGACAUAACCUAGAGUACGAUCCGGAUCAGCCUGCGCAGGGAGAUGCCAAUUACACACAGACUAACAGGACCUACUACGGACGACCAAACGGCGGUCGUGCCCGUGCCCCUUUCUCGCUGCCCGGAUCAACGCGCGAUCGCGCCAACACCACGAUCGUCGUUGAGCAGAUCCCAGAAGACAACUUUAGCGAAGAAGACGUGCGAUACUUCUUUGGAACGUUCGGCACCAUACUCGACAUACGCAUGCAAGCCUACAAACGCCUCGCCGUGGUCAAGUAUGAAACACAUGAUGCUGCAAGCGCCGCCUACAACAGUCCCAAAGCGGUCUUCGACAACCGCUUCGUCAAGGUGUACUGGCACAGGUCUGACGCCGAUCUUGACGCAGAGGGUCAAGGGAGCUACGACGAAACUGAGAUGCUGGACCCGGAGGAGGUUGAGCGCCGUCAAGCUGAGGCCCAGAAGGCGUUUGAAGAGCGCCGCAAGAAAGAAGAGGAGGCAGCAGCCAAAGCAGACGAAGUCGAUCGCAAGUUGCAGGAGACCAAUACUGAGAUCCUGCGUAUACGCCGCGAACUCGCCAGGGUGUCCGGAAAAGGCAACGGCGAUGUGGAAGAGGACUUCUCGCAGGACCUGGCGAUCUUGCAAGCGGAAGCCGAGAAUCUUUUCGCACAGCAGGAUGCUGCGGCCGAGUCCUGGCGUGGCAGCGGUCGUGGCGGGUACAGAGGCGCCCACCGCGGUCGUGGGUAUGCACCACGAGCAAGAGGGUUCAGAGGCGGAUACCGUGGGCGUGGAGCAUUCGCUGGCGCCAGGACAGGCGUGAAGAGACUUGAUAAUCGCCCUAGGAGGAUCGCUAUCAAGGGUGUGGAACCUGGAAGCAGGAAGGACGAGGCACUCAGGCAGCACCUUUUCAAUGUCCCUGAUGUUGUCAGCACCGAGCACUACCCAGAACACGCCAACAUCCUUGUCAUCAACUUCGACGAACGGUAUCAAGCUGAAGCAUUCAUCGACACCGCACACCAGAUCCCGGACGCUGGCAAGCUAGAGAUGGAAUGGGUACCUAACGACGCUUUCGGCGGUGCGAAGGCUGCAGAAGGAGACGCUGGGGGUCACGACAGUGAUAGCGAGUCGGCCACAGUCGAAGUCAAGCAGGAAAACGCUGCCACGGAUGAGCCAGUCGGAGCUGCGGCAGACGCGGAUAUGGAUGUUGCUGAGGAUGAAGAUCAGUGGCUGUAGGGCUGAUUGGAGACAAGCAGAGAUUCAAGCACAACACGGCGUUCGAAGCAUAGUAUAGGCAUGAGAGACAUUUAAAAAAUUACACAAAGACCAUCACAAACGCUG